GGCGGGGGCCUUGGGGUCCGGCCCCUCCGUGCUACGCCCCGAGUGACUAUUUUCCAUCUUUACGUGUCUUAGGGCAACUGCUUCCGACUUCUGGACGUCGCCUCCUCAGAACAAGAGCCGGGUCCAGGGCGACGGGCAAUGUCACCCGCGAGGCCCUGAGCAGCACUGGAAGAAGCCAUUGCGCUUGGCUCGGCUGAAGGCCGGGUUUAGCCCUGGCGGACGUGCGAGCCUUGCCAGUCUCUGCCCUCGGCUUCAGCCCCCGCCAGGCCGCCCUGGCCGUUUCCCGGGCCGCGAUUGGGAGGACUGUGAACCGUGGAAGAACUCUCAGGAUUGGCUGGGCCCGUCUGAGACUACGGGAGCGGUGGAGGAGAGACGGCGGGGAUUGGCGGAGCCGCCUCGCGGGCGCUCGUGGAUUGGUCGGGCCCGGGAGCGGGGGCGGGGCUAGCAGCCCAGAGGCAGAGGCGGCGUCUGCGGAGCCGGCGUGAGGCGGCGGAACCGGCUCGCGGGCCGUUGCAGGGCGCGGCGAGAUGGAGGUGGCGGGGAUAUCGGCGCCCACGGUGACCGUCUUCAUCAGCAGCUCCCUCAACAGCUUCCGCUCGGAGAAGCGCUACAGUCGCAGCCUCACCAUCGCGGAGUUCAAGUGCAAACUGGAGCUGGUGGUGGGCAGCCCUGCUUCCUGCAUGGAGCUGGAGCUGUAUGGCGUCGACGACAAAUUCUACAGCAAGUUGGAUCAGGAGGAUGCGCUGCUGGGCUCCUACCCCGUAGACGACGGCUGCCGCAUCCACGUCAUUGACCACAGUGGCGCCCGCCUCGGGGAGUACGAGGAUGUGUCCAGGGUGGAGAAAUACAAGAUCUCACAAGAAGCCUAUGAGCAGAGGCAAGACUCAGUGCGCUCCUUCCUGAAGCGCAGCAAGCUAGGCCGCUACAACGAAGAGGAGCGAGCCCAGCAAGAGGCGGAGGCCGCCCAGCGCCUCGCCCAGGAGAAGGACCAAGCCAGCGCCAUCUCCGUGGGCAGCCGCUGCGAGGUGCGCGCGCCCGGACAGUCCCCUCGCCGGGGCACCGUCAUGUAUGUCGGACUCACAGAUUUCAAGCCUGGCUACUGGAUCGGUGUCCGUUACGAUGAGCCAUUAGGGAAAAACGAUGGCAGUGUGAAUGGGAAACGCUACUUCGAAUGCCAGGCCAAGUAUGGUGCCUUUGUCAAGCCAUCAGUCGUGACGGUGGGGGACUUCCCAGAGGAGGACUACGGGCUGGACGAGAUGUGACCCCAAGGAUGGGAACCCCACUCCAGCUCCUCACUCGCCCCUCAUGGACCCCACUGUGUGUGUGCCUGCGGCCUUUCCCUGCCUUGUUUUAAUCUGGAGAAUUAAAUGCCAUUGACUUUUGAGACUCAUACAUUAAAUUCCCCGGAAACCUG